UUCUCUGAAGAAGAAGAAGAAGAAGAAGGAAAACGCUCUUCUUGUCUGGUAAAGUCGUUGACCUCCAAGUCCCUUCUCCUCUCUGAUCGGCUCAUUUCUCAGAGAGAGAGAGAGAGAAGAAGAAGAAGAAGAAGAAGAAGAAGAAGAAACGAUGAGCAAUUCGCGCAUAGGAUCGAUCCUAUCGAUGUUCGUAACCGUUCAUCCUCACGAGACCUCCGCAUUGAUCUACUCCUCCUCCUGUUUCUUCUUCAUUUUAAGUGCUUAUUUUGUAGUGCUUCCUUUACGCGAUGAAGGCGCGAUAUCUUUGGGAUUAGGUAACCUUCCGGAACUUUUCGUUGGAUCCUUGGCCCUCACACUGGUUGCUGCGCCUGUCUCCACACUCAUCUUUUCGUUGCCUAAUCUUUCCAAAGGGAAGGCCUUGGUCUUGAUACACAGGUUUUUUAGCGUGUCUCUCGUUGUAUUUUUCGCGCUAUGGUAUUCUUCUUCACCUGGAUAUUCACUUCCCAAUUUGAAGGGUUUGAUUUCCACGUCCUCUACUAUAGAAGAAGAGCUAAAGGUGGAGGUUACUCAAGCCAGUCCACUGUCUUCCGUAGAUUGGAUGGACAAUGGAUGGUUUUAUGUCUCCGUCAGGAUUGGCUUGUUUCUCUGGGUGGCUUUACUGAAUCUUAUUACUAUCUCUUCAACUUGGGCUAGAGUAAUUGAUGUGAUGGACAGUGAGUCAGGUUCAAGAUUGUUUGGGUUUGUUGGUGCUGGUGCUACACUUGGCCAGCUCUUUGGUUCACUGUUUGCAACAGGAAUGGCUUGGAUGGGACCAUAUUUACUCCUAGUCGCUGCUUUGUUGAUGGAACUUGCUGCACAGUCAUCAAAACGGAUUAAUAAGGAUACUUCCCAUCUCUCUGUGAAACUGUCUCCCAUCCUGAAAUCUGAUCUUGAUCAAUGUAAUGAGGCUGACAAACAAGUUGAACCCGCUCCUAGAGGAUCUUCCCAUAAACUAUCCACUUCUGUGGCGAAGCCUCAGCUUUGGGCUAUGUUAGAUGGAAUUCGGCUUAUUUUGUCCUCCACGUAUUUGCUAUACGUGUCAUUAUUUCUGUGGCUGAGUGCCGUUGUCUCUUCAUUCUUUUAUUUUCAGAAAGUAACUGUGAUUGCUAUGACUGUUGCAAGCCCAGUUGGUCGGAGAAAGUUGUUCGCCCAGAUAAAUAGUUUUAUUGCUAUUUUUAUCCUUGCUGGACAACUUAGUUUAACGGGGCACAUACUUACUGUUGCUGGAAUUACUUUAGCCUUAUGCGCUGCUCCAUUUGUCGCUUUUGCAAAUUUGGUUGCUAUAGCUGUGAGGCCAACAUGGAUUGCAGUUGCUGUUUCUGAGACCCUACGAAAGGUGGUUACUUACGUUGUAACCAGACCUGGGAGGGAGCUUCUUUUCACAGUUGUCACACAGGAGGAGAAAUACAAAGCGAAGGUAUGCAUAGAUGUAAUUGUUCAAAGGCUUGGGGAUGCUACAGCAGCAGGACUCUACAAGCUCCUUCUCAGCACUUUGAAUGGGAAGACAACAACUGUUUCUCUAUAUGCCUUACCUGUCUGCUUAUUGUGGAUAUUCACAGCAUUCCAUUUAGGGCGCCGCCAGACAGAACUUGCGAAACUCCAUACUGUCUCCACCUGAAUGGUUCUAGGAGGUCAUUUUGUAUACAUCUGAUGUAGAGUAUAUACGCCCUAGAUUUCCAUUUUUUGUGUCAUUGUAACAGGGAACUGAUUUCAUGGCAUGGCAUGGCAUGUUCAUUGAUUUUAGUGGGUGGAGGAGCAAAUUUUCAUUGCAGCUCCGUCUCGUUUUUCAUGGAUGUAUCAUUUUGCUGAGAAAUCUGUCGUACACCUCUGCACUAAGGAAAGUUUCGUUUUUUUUUUUUUUUGGUGUUGAGUGUGAAUGUUACAAACACUUUUGUCGCAGUUAUACUCCCAUGAAAGGUAUGAGAGUUCGUUGUAAUGUUGCUAACAUUGUGUUUCUGAAGACUCAUUUAAAGACUUGAAAUGCUGCUUCCGCCCUCGUU